AUGGAGAAUUGGCAUUUGAUAUCUCUUUUGUUGGUUAUAACGUGUUUCAUUUUUAAUAAAGGUAUAUUUUAUUAUACAUUAUUGAUCACUAGGAUUGAAAAUAGAUAUUCAGAACACACAAAAGUAUGUCCAUUUGAAAGAGGUACGACAAAAAAAGCUGCUGCAAAUGGUGACAUAGAAACAUUAAAACUAGCUCACGAAAGUGGAUGUGAGUGGGAUAAAUAUACAACAACUGAAGCUGCUGCAAAUGGACAUUUCAAAUGUUUAAAAUAUGCACACGAAAAUGGAUGUCCAUGGGAUGACAGCACAGCAGAAGAAGCUGCAAAAUAUGGUAAUUUAGAAUGCUUAAAAUAUGCUCAUGAAAAUGGCUGUAGAUGGGAUAAAAAAACAACAAGAGCUGCCGCUGCAAAUGGAAAUUUAGAAUGCUUAAAAUAUGCACAUGAAAAUGGAUGUAGAUGGGAUAAAAAAACAACAAGGGCUGCCGCUGGAAAUGGGCAUUUAGAAUGCUUAAUAUAUGCUCAUAGAAAUAAAUGUGGAUGGAAUUAUAAAACAACAAGGGAUGCUGCUGCUAAUGGAUUUUUUGAAUGUUUAAAAUAUGCACAUGAAAAUGGAUGUCCAUGGAAUGAAAGAACAGCAGAAGCAGCUGCAAAAUAUGGUAAUUUAGAAAACUUAAAAUAUGUACAUUUAAAAGGAUGUAAAUGGGAUCAAAAUACAACAAAGAAUGCUGCUGCAAAUGGACAUUUAGAUUGCUUAAAAUAUGCUCAUGAAAAUGGAUGUAGAUGGAAUGAAUUAACAACAAGAGAAGCUGCAAAAAGUGGUAGUUUGGAAUGUUUAGUAUAUGCUCACGAAAAUGGAUGUAAAUGGGAUGAUACAACAACAAGAGAGGCUGCUAAAAGUGGUAGUUUGGAAUGUUUAGUAUAUGCUUACGAAAAUGGAUGUAAAUGGAAUGUGGGCACAACUACUGGUGCUGCCAUGAAUGGUAAUUUAGAAAUUUUAAAAUACGCACAUAAAAAUAGAUGUCCAUGGGAUAAAAGCACAACAGAAGCUGCUGCUGCAAAUGGACAAUUAGAAUGCCUAAAAUAUGCUCAUGAAAAUGGAUGUAAAUGGAAUGAAGGUACAACUAGAGCGUCUGCAGCAAGUGGCUGUUUAGAUUGCUUAAAAUAUGCUCAUGAAAAGGGCUGUCCAUGGGAUAUAAGAACUACUAGAGCGUCUGCAGCAAGUGGCUGUUUAGAUUGUCUAAUAUAUGCCCAUGUGAAUAAAUGCCGAUGGGAUGUGGGCACAACUAUUGAUGCUGCAAUGAGUGGUAAUUUAGAAAUUUUAAAAUAUGCACAUGAUAAUGGAUGUCCUUGGAAUGAGAGCACAGCAGAAGCAGCGGCAAAAUAUGGUAAUUUAGAAAAUUUAAAAUAUGUUCAUUUAAAUGGUUGUAAAUGGGAUAAAAAAACAACAAGCGCUGCUGCUGAAAAUGGACAUUUAGAUUGCUUAAAAUAUGCAUAUGAAAAUAAAUGCGAGUUGAAUAAAAGUUUAACGUCAGUAGCUGCUUUUAACGGUGAUUUAGAAAUUUUAAAAUAUGCUUUAGAAAAUGGAUUCACAUGUUCAGAAGGUACAAUUAGUUCUGCUGCUUCCAAUGGUAAUUUAGAUUGUUUAAUAUAUGCUCACAAGAAUGGAUGCCCAUGGGAUGAUGAUACAACUAAUGAUGCUGCGUCAAGUGGUUGUUUAGACUGUUUAAAAUAUGCUUAUGAAAAUGGAUGCCAUUGGAGUGAAGGUACAACAGAAACAGCUGCUCUUUAUGAUAAUUUAGAUUGCUUAAUAUAUGCUCACGAAAAUGGAUGCGAAUGGGAUGAUAGAACUACAGAAGUAGCUGCAAGUUUCGGCCAUUUAGAAUGCUUAAUAUACGCUCAUGAAAAUGGCUGUAAUUGGGAUGAAGAUACAACUAGAGCUGCUGCAAAAAGUGGCUCUUUAGACUGUUUAAAAUAUGCUCAUGAAAAUGAAUGUCCAUGGGACGAAACAAUAACUAAAGUUGCUGCUUUAAAUGGAAAUAUAGAAUGCUUAAAAUAUGCUCAUGAAAAUGAAUGUUCGUGGAACGAAACAAUAAUAAAAGAUGCUGCUGAAAAUGGAAAUUUAGAAUGCUUAAAAUAUGUUCAUGAAAAUGGAUGUAAAUGGUUUGAGGGCAUAACUAGAGUUGCAGCUUUAAAAGGUCAUUUAGAUUGUUUAAUAUAUGCCCAUGUGAAUGGAUGCCAAUGGGAUGAUGGCACAACUAUAGUUGCAGCUUUAAAUGGUAAUUUUGAUUGUUUAAUAUAUGCUCACAAGAAUGGGUGUAAUUGGGAUAUUGGAACAACUAGAGCUGCUGCAGCAUAUGGUUGUUUCGAUUGUUUAAAAUAUGCUCAUGAAAAUGGAUAUUAUUGGGAUGUAGAUACAAUAGUUACAGCUGCUGUCCAUGGUAAUUUAAAUUGCUUAAAAUAUGCUUAUGAACAUGGAUAUGAUUGGGUAAGAGGUAUUACGAGAGGGGCUGCUGCAAAUGGACGUUUUGACUGCUUGAAAUAUGCUAUUGAAAAUGGUUGUGAAUGGGAUGAAGGCACAACAAGGGAAGCUGCUGCAAGUGGUUGUAUUGACUGUUUGAUAUUUGCUAAUGAAAAUGGAUAUCUAUGGGAUGUAGGGACAAAGAGUACCGCUGCUGCAAAUGGUCAUAUAGAUUGCCUAAAAUAUGUUCAUGAAAAUGGAUGUGAGUGGGACGAAAGUACUACAAGACUUGCUGCUGCAAAUUAUCAAUUUAGUUGUUUAAUAUACGCACAUGAAAAUAAUUGCCCGUGGAGUAGAAAUACCGUUUUUGCAGCUCGUCAAAAUAAUUAUAUUGAUAUAAUAAUAUAUGCUAUUGCAAAUGGUUGUCCAAAUGAUUUUAUUUUUUAUUAAUUUGUCUAAUUACAUUAUAUUUAAAAUAAUGAUAGGAUUUCAUAAUAAUAAUUUUAUUCAUAUUUUACUUGUCUAAUCUGUAGUGUUUAAGAGUAUUACUAAAAUCCAAUACAUCAUAUUUACAUUGUUUUGCCAGAUUUUGAUCUAAUCGAAUUUGUAAAUGCCAAAAAAUUUAAAUAGCAUUCUCAAUUUUAAAAAUAUUUCACAAAUUUAUGCUACUGUAAAAAAUACAAUUUUCAAAAAUAA